UAAAAUCCCAGUUACUCAGAAAUCAGUGCAAAUCUGAUCAUCCAACGUGCAUUUUGCAUUUUAGUACAAAUAUCCGAACCUCGAAAUCCAUUGAUCAGUUUUCCACUAAAAUUGACAGGUCGGAAUUUUCACAUUCAAUAUUCAAUUUCGAGACCCCAGACAGGCCCAUUCAUUAUGUCUGCUUCUUGUCUAAAAUUCACAGUACCCUGAGAUUUCUUUUUCCUUCGAUCAUUUUGCCAUUUGGGUUUUGCUUAUUCUUGUACAUGCGUUUGGGGUUGCGAGGCGAAUUUACGUAGCAGGUGGAUCCAUUGUAUUUGGGACUACGUUCGACUUGUUUUCUUUUUAUCUGCUGGCUCAGAUUUGGGGUUUAGUAGGGCUUUUUGGGGUAUUUUGGAUUGGAGGGUAUAUUAUAUUUUGAGAUAGAAACAAUAAUUCGCACAAAGAUGGAGUGCAUUGAGGAUGGGAAGAAGAGGAAAUUAGACGAUGAAAGCAACGGUGGAGGAGCCAUGCAUCCAUCAGAGGAUGAUUUGAGGCAGCUUUUGAUUCCCUUGAGCAAAGACCAGCUCAUCACUCUCCUGGUCAAUGCAGGUUGUUUGUACCCUGUAGUUGCAGAUAAUAUUAGGGAUGUUGCAAGCAAGGACCCUGCUCAUCGGAAGCUGUUUGUGCGUGGACUGUCUUGGGAGACUUCUUCACAGACUCUGCGUGAAGCAUUUGAAAAGUAUGGAGAAGUUGAAGAGGGUGCCGUCAUCAUUGAUAAGGCAACUGGAAAGCCAAGGGGUUUUGGUUUUAUUACAUUUAAGCAUAUGGAUUCUGCUCAAAGGGCAUUGAAGGAGCCUAGCAAGACUAUUGAUGGUCGAAUCACAGUGUGCAAUCUUGCAACUGCUGGCACAAAUCCAGCACAAGCUGCUGACCAGUCUCAGAGGAAAUUGUACAUCGGUGGCCUCUCAUAUGAGACAUCCAGUGAAACUCUUAUAUCUAUUUUUUCGCAAUAUGGAGAAAUAGAGGAAGGUUCUGUUGCAUAUGAUAAGAGUACAAGCAAAUCCAGGGGUUUUGCUUUCGUUACAUUUAAGACUAUUGAAGCAGCAAAGAGAGCUCUUGAAGAUACAAACAGGAAUAUCGAUGGAAGGUCAGUUACCGUAAAACUUGCAAUUGAAGGUCAGAAGGAGAGAACAAUGCCGCAGGCUGCACCAUCUCCUCAAGGCCAGUUGGCAUCACAUGUUCCACCAGUUUAUGGCACAGUAAACCCAAAAUUUUCUUCCUAUCCAAGGCAACAUCCAUCAGUUCCUGCCCCACAAGCCUACCCCACACCUUUACCUGGAUAUGCUCCACAGCCUUCUUAUGUGACACAACCAUCAUAUGGGCAUACAUUUGCAGCACAACCUGUGUAUACAGGACUAUCUGUUCCCCAUGGAGCUGGUGCACCAACACAGUACAACCCAAGCUCUCAAUUUCCACAACAUGCAGCUAUUCAACUCCCACAAACUGUCCAACCUGGAAUGCCCACGAUAGGCACCACAAUGCCGGGAGUUCCCCCAUACUAUGGUCCAUCAUGAAGCAAAGUCAGAUAGCUUUGACGAUUGUGAUUAUUGACUUCUGAGGAGUUUAUUCUGAGAAUUGGGUGCUAACUGAAAGUUGUGUUUGGCUCCAAUUUCAGCAGGGAGAUACUUGGAGUUAUAUAUUUAAGUUUUGGGUCAUCAAGAAGAGUUAGUUUCUGGAGGCAUAUAUUUUCAUGGAGUCCAUACUUAGGAACAUGGAUAAGUUUUGCGCGCAUUUACAGUUAAGGAGCUUACACCUAGGACUGUGCAAAAGAUUUUGACUUAGCUCCAUUUUGUUCACACAGAUGUAGCACGUUGAAUUUGCCUACACUACAAGAUUGAGUCUCGCCAUAAUAACAGGUUUAAUGCUGUUUUGAUUCAUCUAACAUACUGCGAGCACAAUACCCUUUCCCUGUUUCUCAUCAUAUUUAUAUAUGGCAGAACAAGAGCUACUGAAAAUGGGAAUUUUCUUUUCAUUGUUUA